AUUCUCAAAUCCAGAUUCAUAUUCGUGUGGUAUUGUUGUUACCAAUACUGAAUUUUAUAAUUUACUUCAAAUACUAAGUUAUUUAUAUACAUUUUAACAGAAAACCAAUCAAAAUGGGUAAAAGACAGCACCAAAAGGAUAAAAUGUACUUAACGUACACAGAAUGGACAACUCUGUACGGGGGCAAGCGCUCAGGCACGGCUGUGGAAGAAGACACGUCGUUCAAGAGGCUCCCGUUCGACCACUGCUGCCUGUGCUUGCAGCCCUUCGAAGACCCAUACUGCGACGCUGAUGGCAAUGUGUUCGAGCUCCAAGCAUUCCUGGAGUUUGUAAAAAAGUUUAAAAUCAACCCAGUUACAGGGAAGAAAGCAGAUGUUAAGUCUUUGAUCAAAUUAAACUUCUUUAAAAAUGCACAAGAUGAUUACCAUUGCCCAGUUUUGUUCAAGAACUUCACUAAGAAUUCACAUAUUGUGGCAAUCAGGGCUACGGGAAAUGUGUUCUCAUAUGAGGCUGUGGAACAACUCAAUAUCAAGGGAAAGAACUGGAAGGAUUUGGUCAAUGACACACCAUUUGUCCGAGCUGACAUAAUAACUAUACAGGAUCCGAGUCAUCUCGGCAAAUUCAAUAUAUCAACCUUUCAUCAUGUGAAGAAUAAUCUUAGAGUUGAGACGGAAGAGGAGAUUGCACUGAGAAAGGAUCCCCAUGCAAGACUCAAGUCUGUCUCGGCCGAGACUAAAGACAUUCUUAAUGAGCUGGAAAGAGAUUAUAAAGCUCCUGAAGUGAAGGAAACUAAAAAGGAGGUAGCAGACAAGUUUAAUGCAGCUCACUACUCCACCGGCAUGGUGGCAGCUAGCUUCACAUCCACCGCGAUGGCGCCCGAGACCGUGCACGAGGCGGCCAUCAUUGCUGCUGACGAUGUCAAGUACGAUAGGGUCAAGAAGAAAGGCUACGUCCGCUUGAUCACCAACUACGGCCCCCUGAACUUCGAGCUUUACUGCGACGUCGUGCCGAAGGCCUGCGACAACUUCAUAAAGCUCUGCAACAACGGCUACUACAACGGGACCAAAUUCCACAGAUCUAUAAGAAACUUUAUGAUCCAAGGUGGCGAUCCAACCGGCACGGGUCUCGGCGGCGAGUCAAUCUGGAAAAAGCCCUUCGAAGAUGAAAUCAGACCGAACCUGUCCCACACCGGGCGCGGCGUGCUGGCCAUGGCUAAUUCGGGGCCCAAUAGCAAUGGAUCACAGUUCUUCAUCACAUUCCGGUCGUGCAAGCAGCUGGACGGCAAGCACACGAUAUUCGGCAAGCUGGUUGGCGGAGUGGACACUCUCAACACCAUGGAGCAGAUCGGAGUGGACAACAAAGACCGCCCCAUACACGACAUUAUUAUAGAAGCAGCGCAGGUUUUCGUCGACCCGUUCGCUGAGGCUGAAGAACAACUUAUGGAGGAGAGAGCAGCAGAAUUAAAAAAGCAGGCGGAAGAGGCAGGCACAGGUGUGAAGCCCAGAAAGGCUUCUACACAGCCUCUCAAAGUGUUUAGAACCGGAGUGGGCAAAUACCUCAAUCUAGAACCUUCCGGUAGUAAGCCUAGGCCUGAUGAAACUCCAGCUAAGAAGGCUAAGAAAGAGGGAAAUUAUAAGUUUGGUAGUUUUGAUGCUUGGUAGAUUAGCAACAUGGACUUGAGUAAUUAUUCCCUAUAAGAAUAAGGCUUUAUAAU